GCCAAAUUACAUCUGUGGAAUGUAACUUUUUAUAUUGAAAAUGUAGAGUUUCAUUGAAUCAGACCUACCCUCGCGUCUUGCUGUAGAAAGUGGCGCCCCCGACUGUGGAAAGGCGUACCGUAAAGUAACAACUAAUUUAUUCUCUUCGAUGAAAUUGUUGAUUCUGCAGACUAAUAUUUUGGGAAAAUAGAAUAUGCAGAUGAAAAAUGAGGGCCAUCAAAUAAUCAUAUAUGACACACUUCGUGGACAUGGCGUUGGUUUAUCACCAUGACUACGCCGCUGAUAAGACCGGCAAUUAAGAGCAGCAUCGCGAAGGGCCCAAGAUACACACAGACGAAACCUUCUGCUGACGGAACAGCAUGCCUUCGACCCGCAGAAGCAUCCUCUUCCUUUCCUUAAUCCUGCUGGAGGUGCUGCUGCUGCCAUGCUCCAACUCAGCUCUACUGGAUGAGAAGGCGAGUCAGAAACAAAUAAGCCUUGAUGAGCAGAUACAUGUGUUGUCAGCUGACAUGGCACCAGAGCCGCCUCAGGACCUGUUGGUUGAUGUUCAGUCAGACAGCGUCGUCCUGUUGACGUGGAGGAAGCCUUCCGACACUGCUGAUCUCGAUCACUACCUCGUGUAUGUGGAGGGUGCAGACAUGGAAGACAGCACUAGUAAUACCUUCUACGUAUGGUACGAUCUUGAGGCCUGCACGAACUACACGUUCGGUGUCCGCAGCGUGUCAGCCGUGGGAGACAUGAGUGACCCAGAACUCGGCGACGGACGCACUGACGUCGGGCGUUCUCCGCAACCACAAAACCUGCAGGGAGAGAGCGAGUCUAGCACCUCCAUGACGCUGACGUGGGACAAACCUGACACGCUGUGUGACGUUGAGUCUUACCGAGUGAAGUGGGGCUUGGAUGAGGCCUAUCUAGAAAAGACUCAGGUGACCAACACUUCCUACACUGUGCCAAACCUGUAUCCAAGUACGACUUACAUCUUCAAAGUUUCUGCCAUUAACUCUGCAGGAGAAGGAGAUGCCGCCACCAUCAACGAGACAACGGCCGAGGACGACGGCGGCCCACCGGAGGAUCUCGUGGCAGUAGGCGUCAGCACGUCCGCUAUCAACGUGAGCUGGUCACCACCACCCUAUAAGCUGCCCGAAUACUACAAGGUGCAGGGUCUGCCGUGCAUGUACUUGGAGACAAACGUGUUUGGAUUGUCGUACUUAAUCACAAAGCUAGACCCUUGCGAGGAUUGCGAAAUCUCCGUCACCUCCGUGUACGACAACGGCAUCGAGUACACGGCAACAACCGUAGGCGAAACCCUGGCCGGCGAUAUCCCGCCGCCCAGGAGUUGCUCCGUUGAGGUGCAGGAUGAUUAUCUCACCGUGAGUUGGGUGGCACCUGACAGUGAUUGUGCCUUGGGAAAAUACAACGUGCUCUGGACGAGCACAAAGCUGUGGGGAGACGGAGAGGAAGACAGCGGGAGUGUGAAUACAUCAGCAACACAAUACUCCAUCACGUAUCCAGCCCCCUACAGCAACUACAGAUUUGAGAUCUCCUCCAUUGAUGGCGUGUUCGGCAGCCCCACCUCCUGCAGCGGCACGUCCCAUGAGACACUGCCGGGCCCGCCAGUGAUCCUGAGCGCGGAACUGGAGCAGGGCGCAGUGGUGGUCACCUGGGAGACUCCCGCCGAAGAAAACGGAUUCAUCGUGAAGUACGGGAUAUUUGUGGAUGGAGGAGCAGAUCCAGUGACGCAGGUGGCUGGGAAUGAGCACAGUGCCCGCGUGGAGGGCCUGGUGACGUGCGUGAGUGUUGGCCUCACUGUGAAGGCCUUCAACGGCGCGGGUUGGGGCUCGAGCUCUGCGGUGGAGUACGUGACCGUCGAUGUUCCUCCGCCGCCCAAGAGUUGCUCCGUUGAUGUGCAAUAUGAUUUCCUCACCGCGAAUUGGGUGGCACCUGACAGUGAUUGUGCCUUGGGAAAAUACAACGUGCUCUGGACGAGCACAAAGCUGUGGGGAGAUGGAGAGGAAGACAGCGGGAGCGUGAAUACAUCAGUAACACAAUACCGCAUCUCGUACCCAGCCCCCUACAGCAACUACAGAUUUGAGAUCUCCUCCUCCAUUGAUGGCGUGUUCGGCAGCCCCGCCUUCUGCAGCGGCACGUCCCAUGAGACAUUGCCAGGCCCGCCAGUGAUCCUGAGCGUGGUAUCGGAGCAAGGCGCGGCUGUGGUCACCUGGGAGACUCCCGCCGAGGAAAACGGAUUAAUCGUGAAUUACGGGAUAUUUGAUGAUGGAGGAACAUAUCCAGUGACGCAGGUGGCCGGGGAUGAGCACAGUGCCCGCGUGGAGGGCCUGGAGCCGUGCGUGAGUGUCGGUCUCAUUGUGAAGGCCCUCAACGGCGCGGGUUGGGGGUCGAGCUCUGAGGUGGAGUACGUGACCGUUGAUGGCGAUGGUUUGCCACAGCAGGUGAAUUGCGCCGCCGAUGACCUUGAGGUUGAGGUGUGUUGGUUGCCUUAUUCCGAUUCUUGCCCAGUGUCGCAAUACAACCUGAAGUGGGAGGGUGAUGUGCUCUGGUCAGAUGACCUUGUAGAUUCAGACAGCACGACUAUAAAUUGGUCUGCCACCGAAGCCUGUUACAGCAUAUCAGCUCUUCCCUACACCAAGUACUCCGUUGAGCUCACCGUGGGCAGUGGUGACGAAGCUGUAAAAUGCAUCGCUGUUACUCCCAUGGCAGCUCCCGGACCGCCUACUGAAGUGAAUCUUGCAACAGAAAGUUUAGUAAUUACUGUGACCUGGUCUGAACCUGAGAAGAAAAACGGCAUCAUUGACUUUUAUCAAGUCAAAUGGGAGGACUCGGCUGGUGGCAUUGGAUCCCGCACGACAGAAGACAACAGCACUUUCUCCUCAGAGAUUCAAGAAGCCUCCUGUGGCGUAACGGUGGACGUGACGGUGAUGGCAAAAGUAGUGGACGUGGCUGAGUUAGGAGAUGCAUCCCCGCCAGUAACAGCAUAUCUCGUUAACUCGGUCAAAACGUUGAACUGCGAGUCCUCGAAGCCUGGCCAGGUAUCACUCCGCUGGACCCUCGAGGAAGCGGAAUGCCCUGUCGGAUUCUACAACCUCACGUGGACCUACUAUUCACUCUGGUCAGAUGACGCAGGAAAAGGCUGGGAGACCGUCGGGAAGGAUGACACCUCCGCCACGGUGACGUCGCUGCCCGCCUACUCAAGUGUCUUUCUUCAGAUCCACCUCGACAACAAUCCGGAGCACACUGACUGCAGCGCCACCACCCCCGAGGAAACCUCCAGCAAGCCAACGUCAGUCAAACAGAUAGCGAACAGCCCCUCUUCCGUAACGGUGGCGUGGGGCCUACCGCUGUCCAUUCGUGGCUCACUUAACGGGUGGCGCCUUACAUGGAAAGCAAUGAACGGGGAUGUAAUCGACGAAGACGUCACUGACCCAGAAGAUAUGACGUAUGAGAUUACUGAACUGUAUUCCUCCACUUCUUACGUCGUGUAUGUCAUGGCUAUUAACGGCGCGGGGGAUGGUGAUCCCGAGAAGAUAAACGUGACCACGGCCUAAAUUAGUGCCCCUUCACGCUCCAACACGGGCCUCCUUAUUGGCCUCUCGGUGGGAGUUGGAAUAUUGCCGAUCCUUCUUUUGUUCGGUGGUUUUAUUCUGUGCAGGAAAAAUGGUUCGUCAAAGCCCCUUAUUUUGGUCUAUGUGGUACACAUCAUUGACCGUUCCACAAGCGAACCGUGCUCCGUGUAGAGCCAUGAUUCCAUAUAUUCGUUGAAUGAUGGAAAACAGUCAAAUAAUGAUGUUGCUUCUAGA